AUGGCUGAACUUAAACUAGCAGAUAAGAUCGCUCAAGAAAUAGCGGAUGAAGUCGCUCAAGAAGUAGCAGAUAAAAUCGCUCAAGAAGUAGCAGAUAAAAUCGCUCAAGAAAUAGCAGAUAAAAUCGCUCAAGAAAUAGCGGAUGAAAUUGCUCAAGAAAUAGCGGACGAAGUCACUCAAGAAGCGGAUAAAAUAACCGAAAAGCUAGCGGAUGAAAUCGCCCAAGAAGAAGCAGAUAAAAUAGCCGAUGAACUGGCUGAUCAACUAGCUCAUAAAGUAGUUGAAGUCACUUUUACGGAUGAAUUAAUGAAAGGAUAA